UUGUAGUUGCAUUUGCUAUUUAAUUUAAUUGUCAUGGAUGAUACACAGACAACCCAACAGCAAACAGAGGAAAACAAUGGGCUUAAAUACACAGAGGGAUAAAUGAGGGAAUAAGACACAGGAUGAGAGCACAGCUGCGAGAAAUCACAAACAACAAGACCAUGGGGAAGGAAAACUGAAAACACUAACAUAGUCUAAGGAGCUUAGAAAGAAAACGUCUGGACUUCUUUAAGUUGCUUGAAGACGUUCAAGCAAAGUUGAAGUUCUUUUCAUCCGAGAAGGUGAAACAUCUUCAAGCAACUUCAAGUCCAGACGCUUUCUUUCCAAACUCCUGAGACUACGAUGACCUAGAUGACUGAGAACCUUCACAGACAUGAAAACACUAACAUAGCACACAAGACUAUCAAAGUAAAACAGCAAACAAGAGACUUUUACAAAGACACAGAGUUGACACAGAGACAUGACUGACUGGGGAGAAAUUGGGGAACAUGGAAAGAAGAAUGACUAGACAUGACACGUGGGACACAGGGGCAAGGCAAAGUAACAGAAACCUAAAGCCUAAGAAUAUAACACAAGAAGAAAACAAUAAAGAGAACCAAAACAUACAUAAGAAUAAUCAAUGAAUAUAAAUGAACAAACACAAAACACUGGGUCACAGACUCAGUACCAUGACAGUUAAAUGUACAAUAAUAAAUACUUUAAAUCAGAUGACAAUGUAGCUGACACUGUGUUUAUUAGUGUGUGGUCAACCACAAAUCUUCAUACUGUCAUCCAUACAUGAGGUCUUUAUACAAACGAUGAAAGAUAAUGAAAGAAACUGUUUAAUUGAUAUGAAAUGAUUGAAUUAUAUGAAAUAUUAUGGCUUUGUCUGCCAGAGUGUUUUUCUGUAAACUACUUUGAACUACUGGCAGUCAGUGAAGUCACUGAAAGGCAAGAUUCUAUGUUGUGUUGCCGUAGUUUCCAGAGUUUACUUAUAAAGCUCACUUACAGAAUUCAGUUAGAAAAGUCAAGCAUUUGAAGGGCGCACAUUUGAAGGAAUAUUAACUCAAUAUUAACUCAUUACGGUUUACAUUUUCGAGUUUAAAAGUUCUCCGAAAUUACAAUGAAAAAGGAAACAAGAAAAAUUACCACUCCAGCCGAUAAGAAAGAUUCAGGAGAUCAAGAUUGUAAGAGCAGGACUGCUAAAAGAAAGGCCAGUCCUGAAAAGAAGACCCCAAUAAAAAGGAGGAGGGUCGCUGAGCAGGCUGGUCCUUCCACCAGCUCAGAUGUGGUCAAAGGAGUGAAGCGCAAGGUUGUGCAAGAUGAAGAGGGCACAACAAAGAAAGCAAAGAAGGCUAAACUUCUCGACCAUAUGAGCGGUGACAAGGAGCAAGCAUCCUCCUUGUUGGACUCUGGUAAAGACUUGAAUAACAAACAGGUGUGCGCAAAAAUGGCAAAAGAAAGGCCGCGGGAGACAACAGAGAGUCACCCAAGAAAAAAAAAGGAAUGUGGACCAGGACAAAAAUCAGUGGCAGACCAAAACGUAAGUGAAUUCAAGCCAGAUAUGUGGAGGAGCACCAGCUCGGAGAAGGAGGCUGCGGAGCAGUGUUUGCUGGCUACCGGAUAG